GUACGACAAGCGACCAAUCUCUCCCUUCCGACCUUCCGAAUUCCCCAAAAUUGGAGGGAGAAUGAUACCGAAAACCUUCAACCAUCCGCCGCUGAAAAUCUCAGAAUCCACAGAUUUGGGGGAGUUUUAGACAUCAAUCGGCGGAAUACCUCUUCUUCAUCGGAAGUUAUCCUCACCAGAAGGUGUUAGCAAGUGAUCCGAUGGAGAAACUGACGGAGGAUGAACGAAAGGCUCUUCGUGGAAGCAAAUUUGCACCUCUUCCUUCUGCGGCCCCUACCGUUUCCCGAUCUCAACCCCGAUUGGCACACCCUGGAGGACCAUUGAAGACUAACAAAGCUGCUGCGUUAGCCAAGUUUCUGGAACGGAAGUUGCAGGAACCUAGUGGGUUGUCUUCUAUUAAUCCGAAACUUGUGGAAUUAGCUGUAAAAAAUGCCAAAGAGACUGUUAGAGCAAGCAAUUCUUCAAAUUCAGAAAGGAAAAUACAGCAUGUAAACUCAUUUGGUGAUCCUGAGGUUAUGAUCGAAGAAGAUGAAGAAAUGAAUGUGAAGCCUAUCAAAGUGAAGAAAAAAAAGAACAAGAAAAAUAAAAAACAGAAGGUGAAGUAGGUAGCAGAAUGGGAUCUUUUGGCAGCAAUGUUUGCACUCUACUACCAUCUAGACAGGUUUUUCGGCACCCAAGUCUUUUUGGUUCUUCGGUGAAGAUUUCAACAAUACUGCAUGGUUAUGUAAUGUGGCUUGUGCUAGUUUUGUUUCUUUGGCGAAAAGCACCUACAUUGGUUGUCAGCAACAUUUUUGGUAACUUGUUGACCCAAGGUUUAUGAACACAAGAUAAUAGAAACCUUCCAUUGUGUUGUGAAACGGCGUGGUUGAGACUUGAGAUCAAUUUGUAGUUGAUAAAAUUAUUCAAAUCAUCCUUACAU